AUGAACUCCACGUCCAGCUUGUCACCUUCCAACAGUCACGAUGAGAGAGGGCUCAUUGCUAUGAUGAGUCAUGAUGAUGCCAUACCUGACUUGGUCUCUCUCUCCAUUAACAGCCGGCCAGAGAUUCUGACCAUCCCAAUCGUCAAGGGCCCAAUGGGGUUUGGCUUCACAAUAGCAGACAGCCCCUAUGGCCAGAGGGUCAAGCAGAUUCUGGACCAGGCAAGGUGUAAGAACCUGGCUGAGGGCGAUCUCCUGGUGAUGAUCAAUUCCCACAAUGUCUCCGAGCUGCCUCACCAGCAAACUGUGCAGGUGCUGAAAGAAUGUCAGCAGGAUAAGGAGACCAUCAUUGUGGUCCAGAGAGGGGGCAUUCCUCCCCCUGGAAAAGUCAAGAGGCAGAUCAAGAUGUCUCAGAGUUUUGAUGAAAGGCAGCAACAGCAGCAGUCAGAGGCUGUCACAGGAUCAAGAGGACUGUAUAUCUAUCAGCACCAAGACCAUGUU